AUGGGUACGACGGCCAGCGCAGCGCAGCAGCAGGCAGUCUCGGCAUCCCCGCUGGAGAGCAGGGCGCUGGGCGACGGCAGCAUGGAGGACCAGCACUCCCUCAGCAUCCACUCCUUCCAGACCCUGGGGCUCCACAACAGCAAGGCCAAGUCCAUCAUCACCAACAAAGUGGCGCCUGUGGUCAUCACGUACAACUGCAGGGAGGAGUUUCAGAUCCACGAUGAUCUCCUGAAGGCCAACUACAAGGUGGGACGCAUUUCUGAGGCCACGCUGGAACACUACCUUGUGCAGGGGAAAUAUUUCAUGGUCAGGGAUGUAUAUGGCAAAUUAGACGUCUUGAACACUACCGGCAGCUGUGGCGCUCCCAAUUUCCGACAAGCCAAAGGAGGUUACGCUGUGUUCGGCAUGGGACAGCCCAGCCUCAACGGCUUCAAGCUCGUGCUGCAGAAGCUGCAGAGAGAGGGCCACAAGGAGUGUGUCUUCUUCUGCGUCCGUGGGGAGCCUGUGAUCUUCCUGCGGUUGGAGGGGAACUUUGUGUCCUACACCCCCCGGGGCAAGGAGAACCUGCACGAGAACCUCCAGUGCCUGCAGCGGGGGCUGCAGGCAGAGAGCCUGGAGCUGGCCAUCCGCAAAGAGAUCCACGACUUCGCGCAGCUGAGCGAGAGCGUCUACUACGUGUACAAUGACAUUGAACGCUUGCGGGAUGAGCCCCACACCGUGCGGGUGCAGUGCGAGGAGGACAUCCAGGUGACGGAGGAGGUCUACCGCAGACCCAUCUUCCUCCUGCCCUCCUACAGGUACCACCGGCUGCCCUUGCCCGCCGAGGGAGCCCCUUUGGAGGAGCAGUUCGACGCUUUCAUCUGCUUCCUCAGGGAGAGCCCCAGCCUGCUGCUGCGGGACCCUGGCAGACCCCCUCCGGCGCUGCUCUUCAGCUGCCAGACUGGCGUGGGCAGGACCAACCUGGCCAUGGCCAUGGGCACACUCAUCUUCCAUCACCACCGAGGAGCCACCCAGAAGCUCGACCUCCCCCACCUGCCUAAAACAUCUCCCAGGGACAGGCUUCGGGUCAUUCAGGCCUUCAUCGAGAUGGUCCCCAAAGGCCAGCAGAUAGUUGAGGAGGUGGAUGGUGCCAUUGCCUCCUGCUCAGAGAUGCACGACAUGAAGGAAGCCAUCUAUGAGUACAAGAAGAAACUGGAAGGGAUUGGGGAGGACUAUCAGAUCCAGGGGAGCAGCACCAAAGAGUAUUUCCUCCAGAGGACUUUGCAGAGCCUCGAACGCUAUUUCUACUUGAUUGCUUUCAAUUAUUACCUUCAUGAGCAGUACCCCCUGGGCUUUGCCCUCAGCUUCAGCAGGUGGAUGUGUCGGCACCCUGAGCUCUACCGGCUGCAGGCAGAGAUGAACUCCUCAGAGCUCACCGUCACUGGGGACCUCAUCACCAAGGGGACACGAGUGCUGGUGGCGGAUGAGCGCUUCUGCCCGGAUGUGCUGAGCACCGCCAAGGAGAUAAGCGUGGCCAACUUCCGACGGGUGCCCAAGAUGCCCAUCUACGGGACGGCGCAGCCCAGCUCCAAGACUCUGGGCAGCGUCCUGCGGUACCUGAUGGAUGCCAAGAGGAAGCACUCCCGCAUCGUUUGGAUCAACCUCCGGGAAGAAGCCAUCCUGGAAGGGAAUGAGCAGAUCUACACGCUGAGGGAGCCCGGGCAUCUGGAGGAGCUGAUCCCCAUCCCUGCUGCCUCGCCCCAGCAGCUGGAG